UCCAAUCACAGCACUGCAAGCCAAUAUAAGAUUCUUUGCUGAGUUCUGUUGAACAUAAACAAGUAUGUCAAAGUUCUUUGCUGCUGAAUCAAGCAGUGAUACGGAUGUUUCAUCCUCCUCGGAAGAUGAGACCCCAGCACCUUCAAGGUCUUCAAGAGCAACAGUCCAGCGACAGUUUCUUCUAAGUGAUGAUGAAGAAGAGGUCCAGCAUGUUGUGAGGAGUGCUAAGGAGAAGAGAUGGGAGGAGCUACAGAACAUCAUUAAGCUGAUGAGAAACGCAAGGAAGAUCAAAGACAUGUCGAAGCUGAUGGACGAGUUUGACAAUCUCUGCAAGUUGUAUAUCAAAUCAAAGACGGUUGUGUUGAAGGAAGGAAUUCCAAGGUUUUAUAUUCAAAACCUGGUGGAGACUGAAGACUGCAUCACUGAGCUGUGGCAGGAUAAGGAGGGAAGGAAAAAGAUGAGCAAGUUGAAUUCAAAGAGUCUUGGAGCUUUGAGGCAGAAGCUGAGGAAAUAUCUGAGGGAUUUUGAAAAAGAAGUGGAGGAUUACAGACUGCAUCCUGAUGAGGAAGAAGAGCAUGUUCCAGAGAAGCACGUGGAGGAAAAUGAUGCUCCAACAUUUCUUGGUUCUCCUGUAAAAGUUGCACAGUUGGAGGAACCCGAACCUUUGCAGGAUAAAGAUGACGAUAGUGAUGACUCUGACUGGGGGUUCGAUGAUGAUUCAACCUCAGAUGAAUCGGAUGAGGGAGGUAUCGGAGCGAGGCAACUCACUGCUGAUUAUUUCCUAAAAAAGACCGCCGGAAAAGAUGAUGAAAAGUCAAAGAAAAAGGAGCGAGUGCAGCAAUCGAAGAGUAAAAAGAAGACCGAUGAUGACUGGGAGGAGGUUAAAGGAGGUGGAAAAGUCGCUAAAGUCACAGCUCUGUUUGAGAAAGGAACUGAGAUCACCCAUCCUGUGGUUAUGAAAAAGUUGAACGAAAUCAUCCUGAAUCGUGGUCGAAGAUCUACUGUUAGAAAAGAUCAAUUUGAUUUGUUGAAACAACUGCGGCAAAUAGCUGAGGAAAAUAAUUUAGGAAUUGCUUUAACUGUUCGCCUUACAUUUGACAUCAUUGCUUCUUUGUUUGAUUAUAAUUCCAAAAUACUAGACUGCAUGAAAUCUGAACCAUGGGCAGAGGUGUUAAAGUAUGUGGAAGAAGUAUUGGAUCUACUACAAGAAAAUCCAGACAUCGUGGUGGCCGAACAUAUUUCACAGGAGUCUGAGAAUGUUUCUGACAAAGAAGCAGGUUAUAGACUUUGUGGAAGUCCAGUCACUCUUGUGGAGAAACUACAUAGCGAGUAUAUUAAGAUCUUGCAAACUGCAGAUGCUCAUUCAACUGAUUAUGUGAAGCAUUUACGUGAAGAAAGUCACAUUGUACGUGUGAUCAACAAGCUAAAGGGAUAUGUGGAAAGGAUUGGAAGCUCCCAGGAUAUCUGCAGCUCAUAUUUGCUGCUUAUUGAAUACGUGUAUUACAAGUAUGAUCGCAACACUGCAGAAGGUGCGGUUGCAGAAGAGAAAACUUCUGAUGAGGAACCAGAAACAGAAGAAAGCCUGGAUUCAACUCAGUUAAUGAGCACGCUAUGUCAGUACAUAUACACAAAAGAUUCAUCUGACAGAAUUCGCACAAGAGCCAUUCUACAUCAUAUCUACCAUCACUCACUACAUGAUCGCUGGUAUGAAGCAAGGGAUUUGAUGCUCAUGUCUCAUCUACAAGAAACCAUCAACUACUCAGAUGUUCCAACACAAAUUGCAUACAAUCGCACAAUGGUUCAGCUAGGCCUUUGUGCGUUCAGGCAAGGUUUGAUGCGAGAGGCUCACAACGCUCUAGUUGACAUACAAUCUACUGGAAGAGCAAAAGAAUUACUUGCACAAGGCCUGCUUUUGCAAAGGCAAGGAGAGAGAAUCUCACCAGAGCAAGAAAAGGUGGAAAAGCGUCGGCAAAUUCCCUUUCACAUGCAUAUUAACCUGGAAUUGCUGGAGUGUGUAUACCUGGUGUCUGCAAUGCUGCUUGAGAUACCAUAUGUUGCUGCACACGAGUUUGAUGCAAGAAGAAGAAUGAUUUCCAAGCAGUUUCACCACCAACUUCGAGUCAGUGAACGGCAAUCUUUGCUUGGGCCACCAGAUAACAUGAGGGAGCAUGUUGUAGCAGCCGCAAAAGCCUUGAAGAUGGGUGAUUAUGAGGAAUGCCUCGGUUUCAUUAUUAAUGAGAAAAUGAACAACAAAGUGUGGAACCUGUUUUCAAAAAGCGUUGAAGUUAGAACCAUGCUUGAAACA